AUGUCAAAAGGUGCUGCAUCUUCGAAAAAGGCUGCCUCCCUGCGGACACUUACUACUCGGCUUAAGGGACUACAAGCGUCGUUCGACACCAUUCACGCAUUCGUGCAAGCCUUUAAUGAGGAACUACAUACUGCGAACGAGGUACUGGUACGGUUGGAGCGUAUUGACGGUUUAUGGGAGCAAAUCAAUGACACAGCUAAUGAAUUGCUUUCGCAUGAGGAAUUCGUGGCGGACCUGACCGCGGUUAUGGAGGAGCGAAGCUUGUAUGAAAAUCGCUAUUAUGACAGUAAAUCGUUUCUAAUGGAUAAACACAAAUUGCUUGCUGACACUCCGAUUUUGGAUCAGACAAGCCGUACUAACGCGUCAUUCUCACAAGGUGCCACCCCGCAUGUUCGUCUUUCGCAGAUUACUUUGCCCAAGUUUAGCGGAAACAUUGAUGAAUGGAUCAGUUUUAGAGAUUUAUAUACUUCUUUGAUCCACUGGCAAACCGAUUUGCCUGAAGUCGAAAAGCUGCAUUACUUGCGGAGUCAAUUGCAAGGGGAAGCAUUGUCGGUUAUCGAAGCUCUCCCGGUAUGCUCGGCCAACUAUAAAACAGCCUGGGAGCUUUGGUGCAGCGGUACUCCAAUAUGA